AUGCCUCAUCUUCCAUUCUCGACGACUUCUUCUCCUUCUACAUCCCCCAAGACUUGUCCUAGCCCGCCUUCGAUAGUUCUCCAUCCCUCCUCGGGUAUACUUGAUCACUCAGACUUCGGCUUUACAUCUAAUCUCAAAGCAGGCCCUUCAACAACACGACAACUGUUCAAGUCAUCAGACGACAUGGCAUCCUCAUAUCGUCUCCGCUACGCGCAGUACCUCGCAGCGACGCUGAACAUGAGCCUCGAGGCUGCGCUGGCCGAGGCCGACGUCCAGCUCCAGGGCACUCCUCGCCGACGAUCAGAUAUCUCUGAAGCUGAAGUGCUCAGGGAAAGCUGA